UACCCACACCUACAGUGACGGUGACACCAGACAAUGCUGUAUUUACAGGAGAGACAGUCCAUCUGAAGUGUGAGAUUGAGUCUGAUCACAGAGACUGGACAUAUGAGUGGUAUACAAACAGCAGAAACAGUGUGUUACAGUCGUCUGAUGGUCGGACUGUAAACACAGGCACUAUCACUAUGAAUGAAGCUGAUUGGUCUGAUGAGGGUCAGUACUGGUGUAGAGGACUCAUAGCUGGAAGAUCAGUCUCAACACCAUCAAGCUCUGCUGCUUUUCUCUCAGUAAAAGCUUUACCCACACCAACAGUGACUGUGACACCAGACAGUGCUGUAUUCACUGGAGAGACAGUCAAUCUGAAGUGUGAGAUUGAGUCUAAUCACAGUGACUGGACCUAUGAGUGGUAUCAAUGGAACCAGAUGAACUAUUACAGUGUGUUACAGUUGUCUGACCAUCACACAGUAAACAGAGACACUCUCACUAUCACUGGAACUACAUGGUCUGAUGGUGGUUGGUACACAUGUAAAGGACACAUAAGAUCAGUCUCAACACAAUUAGGCUCUGAAUUUUCUCUCUCAGUGAAUGGUGAGUACAUCUGCAAAUACUGUGAUAUAAUGCGCUCAACAUUAUUGAAAUAUACAAAUCUGCUUUACAUUAAACCUUUACCCAAAUCUACAGUGACUGUGACACCCGACAAUGAUGUGUUCACUGGAGAGACAGUCAAUCUGAAGUGUGAGAUAACACCUUAUUACAGUAGCUGGAGAUAUGAGUGGUAUAAGGACAGCACAGACAGUGUGAGCUGUUUGAGUCACUUGUGUUUUGUCUUCUCAGCUUUACCCAGAUCUACACUGACUGUAACACCAGCCAAUCCUGUAUUCACGGGAGAGACAGUCAAUCUGACCUGUGUGAUAACAACUUAUUACAGUAUCUGGAGAUAUUUCUGGGAUAAAGACGACGGUGUGUUGCAUUUGUCUCAUCGUCACAGUGUAAACAGAGACAUUCUCACUAUUAGAGCUGCUGAGUCUGAUCAGGGUCAGUACUGGUGUUGGGGAGAGAUAUAUGGAAGAUCAGUCUCCACACAAUCAAGCACUGCUGUUUAUCUCAUUGUAAAAGCUUCACCCAGAUCUACCGUGACUGUGACACCAGACAGUGCUGUAUUCACUGGAGAAACAUUCAAUCUGAAGUGUGUGAUUGAGUCUGAUCACAGUGACUGGACAUAUGAGUGGUAUGCAGACAGAAACCGUGUAAAGUUACAGUCUGAUGGUCAUUACACUGUAAACAGAGACACUCUCACUAUCAGAGGAGCUGCUGAGUCUGAUCAGGGUCAGUACUGGUGUAAAGGAUUCAUAGAUGGAAGAUCAGUCUCAACACAACCAACAUCUGUUUAUCUCACUGUUAAGGAUUUAAAGCCAAAGCCUGAACUCAGAUCAGAUCCUGCAGGACCUGCACUGACUGGAAACACAGUGACUUUGACCUGUAACACUGAUCUGUCCACCGGAUGGGACUUUUACUGGUACAAAAACACACAAGAGUCUGAGAUAAAGACGACAAGAACAAACUCCUACAGCAUGAAGAUUGAUUCAUUGUCUGAUGGAGGCCAGUACUGGUGUAGAGCUGGAAGAGGAGAACCAGUCUAUUACACACAAUACAGUGAUGAACUGACACUCAGUGUUACAGAGAGUCCUAAAGCUGUGGCGAUAAUCCAGCCUGAUGAACGUGUGUUCAGAGGAGAAACAGUCACUCUCAGAUGUGAUAUAAAGUGGGGAGGAAACACUGAGUGGACAUACAGAUGGGAAAUAGAGCAAACAGACCACUAUAACAAAUAUUAUAACCAGUAUAAUCAACAUAAAAACAAUGUGAGCCGGUGCUCAGCACAAGAGUUGAAGAUCAGCCUUGUUGAGGUCUUUCACCGUGGUAAUUACAGCUGUACAGGACAGAUGAACACUCAGAUCUCUCAGCGCAGUGAUCCUGUUGCUCUGACUGUGUAUUCAGAUGAAGCUCAGGCAGCAGUGCAAGUGUCUCCACAGCCGUGGCUCACUGAAGGACACUCGGUGACUCUGAUCUGUGAGGUUCCAGGCUCCUCUACAGGCUGGACGUUCAGCUGGUUCAGAGAUGCUGAUCAUCUGUCAGACAGCAGCAGAGGAGCUGGAGGCUCUUACACUCUCAGUCCUGCUGCUCUACAGCACACAGGAUUUUAUACGUGCAGAGCAGAGAGAGGAGAACCAGCCUAUUCCUCACAGAACAGCAGCGCACAGCCACUGUGGGUCACUGGUGUUUCUGCUUCAGUGCGUCUGGUGCUCAGGCCCAGCAGAAGUCAACACUUCUCCUCUGACUCUCUCUCUCUGAGCUGUGACUCUGCUGGAUGGACAGUGAGAAGAUACACACACACAAACACACAAGAUUGUUCAGCACAAACAGGAUCUACAUGUGGGAUCCAGUCUCUCAGCACAUCUGACACUGGAGUUUACUGGUGUGAGUCUGACUCUGGAGAGAAACGCCAUCCUCUGAACAUCACUGUACAUGAUGGUGCUGUGAUUCUGGAGAGUUCUGCUGAUCCUGUGAUUGAGGGAGAAACUCUGACUCUACACUGUUUACAUCGAUCUACAAACUCCUCCAUCCUCACAGCUGAUUUAUAUAAAGACGGAUCACUGAUCCCGAAUCAGACGACAGGAGAGAUGAACAUCCCUAGCUUCUCAAAGUCUGAUGAGGGUUUUUACUACUGUAAAACAGAGAGAGGAGAGUCGCCGCACAGCUGGAUCUCAGUCAGAGCUUCAACUUCACUUUCUCUUCUGGUCAUCUGUGUUUCUGUGGCAUUGAGUGUUUUUUUGCUGCUCCUCAUCUUACUGGUUCUGUUGCUGAGACACAAGGAGGAAAAAGAUCCACACUGUGGAGUUCAACAAACUUUGGAAUCAAACCGAUCUGGAGAAUUUCAGACGCAAAACUCAACUCUACAGUCUUGUUCUUACCACAUUUAUGAUGAUGUUAGCGCAUUCAAUAAUGUAGAAGAAGAGCCAGUGGAAGAUGUGACACAUUCAAAGAAAAAGAUGCCCAUAUAUGAAGAUUUUAAUACUGCAGUGACCUACACAGAAAUCAAUGUAAAGGGCAAAAAGAAAACCACAGGCAAAGGUGCUGAAUUUGCUGAUGUUCUGAUUGAAAUGAAGUCUAAGGAAAUACAUGGGAUGAGCAGUGAGUCUGGAGACAUAAUAUAUUCUGAAGUAAAGCACAACGCAGAUGGAGUGACAAUGUCUGGUAGAGGAAAGGGCGGUAAAGGUCUUGGGGAAGAAGGCGCUAAGCGGCACCGAAAGGUUCUCUGUGAUAAUACCUAUCCAGGGAAUCACCUAACCCGCUAUUCGUCUUCUUGCUCGGCAUGGUGGUGUGAAGCGAAUUUCGGGCUUGAUCCACGAGGAGACGCGCGGUGUGUUAAAGGUGUUUCUGGAGAACGUGAUUCGUGA